GAAGAGAGGAGAGAGAGACUACAAGAAAAUCUCAAGAACCAAUGAAAGCCAAAUGCACAAAACAUCCAUCCAUCAAAACAAUGAGCCCUUCCUUCAUCAUCUCCCUCCUCCUCCUCUUCUCCAUCAAUUUGCUCAUCAGCAUCUCUCACAUGAGCGAAGCAGCGCCUAUUUUAACCGGCAACUAUUGCCCCGACACCAAAUCCUUCCUUCCUAAUUCCACCUACCAAAAGAACCUCAACAAGCUCCUCUCAUCACUUUCUUCCGCCGCCGAUUCCGCCGGCAACAACAUCAGCAGCAGUGGGGGGUUCACCAAUGCCACCGCUGGCUACUCGCCAGACCAGACCUAUGGGAUCUACCUCUGCCGCGGAGACAUCGAUGCCCCGACUUGCAGCGACUGCGUGGCCACUGCGGCCGAAGAUAUUGGCCGGCGAUGCCCUGGCAAAAGAACCUCUAUCAUCUGGUACGACAAAUGCAUGCUGAGGUACUCGAAUCAGCCCAUUUACUCGGUCAUGCAACAAGUCCCUGUGUGGAAGGCAACGAACGGCUGGAACGUCACAGACGACCGAUCUCGGUUCAUUCAACUCCUGGGAGAGACCAUGGAUGAUGUAGUGCGGAGGGCCCCGAGCAGCGGAUUGGGGAAGAAAGUGGCCGCCGCGGAGGCAGAACUCGCGGGCUCACAACGGCUUUACACGCUCGCCGAGUGCACGCCCGACUUGACAGCAUCGGACUGUGGCGCAUGCCUCCAGUGGGCGAUCGCAGGUCUCCCUCAGGGGACUCUAGGAGGAAGGGUGUUGACUCCGAGCUGCAACGUGAGGUUUGAGGAGUACCCCUUUUACGACGCCGCUGCGUUGGUGACUGUGCCGAACGUGGGGGCGCCUCCACCGGUCCGGCUUCCGUCUCCUGCUCUGUCGAUUGGACCUAAAGGAAGAAGCCAUAAGUCCACAGUGAUAGUGACUGCCAUUGCUGUUCCUCUUGGCUUACUUACGGUGUUUCUCUCUCUUGCUUGUUGUUUCGUUCGGAGGAAAGCGACCAAGACCAAUGAGCUCGUCCAAGAAGAAGCCGGCUUGAAUGAAAUUACAGACAUGGAAUCCUUGCAAUACGAUUUAAAUAUAAUACAAGCUGCUACAAACAAUUUCUCUCGUCAAAACAAGUUGGGCGAAGGUGGAUUCGGUGAAGUUUUCCAGAGGACGCUUCCUAAUGGACAAGACAUAGCCGUGAAGAGGUUAUCUCAGAGCUCAAGACAAGGUGCCGAAGAAUUUAAGAAUGAAGUCAUGUUGGUCGCAAAGCUUCAACAUCGAAACCUUGUGCGACUACUCGGAUAUUGUUUGGAGGGAGAAGAAAAGCUACUUAUUUAUGAAUUUGUGCCUAACAAAAGUCUAGACUACUUUUUGUAUGAUCCUGAGAAAAGUAUGCAAUUGGAUUGGUCAAAACGUUUUAAGAUAGCGUGGGGAAUAGCUCGAGGAAUACUCUAUCUACACGAAGAUUCCCGACUUCGGAUCAUUCAUCAUGACCUGAAAGCGAGCAAUAUCUUGUUAGACAGAGGCAUGAACCCCAAGAUUUCAGAUUUCGGCAUGGCUAGAAUUUUUGGGGUUGAUCAAACUCAUGCAAGAACUAACAAAAUCGUGGGGACUCUGGGUUACAUGCCUCCAGAGUAUGCAAGAAAUGGGAAAUUCUCUGUUAAAUCCGAUGUCUAUAGCUUCGGCGUCCUACUUCUAGAGAUCAUUAUCGGGAAGAAGAAUGACUACUUCUGCCGAUCAGAUGGGACGGAAGAUCUAGCUAGCUAUGCAUGGAGACACUGGAGAGAUGGGACGCCAAUGGAAGUUUUGGACCCGGCCAUCCUAGACUUGCGCUCAAGAGAUGAAGUGCUGAGAUGCCUGCACGUUAGCUUACUAUAUGUUCAGGAAGAUCCGGUUGAUAGACCCCCCAUGGCAACAGUACUUCGCAUGCUCAGCAGCAAGCCCGUCACAAUGCCACAGCCUCGACGUCCGGCCUUCUUCCCUCAAAGUACAGGCCAACCCAUUAAUAGAUCAAUGCAGCAAUCUGUUAACAGAGUGACAAUCACGGAAGCCUUCCCCCGAUGAUACAAGUAAUUGUUUCAUGCAAUAGCUUC